GAUUAUGUAAGGAUUCGCAGACCGACGCCGCCGCUCGCGCAUCGUCGGGUUUUCUUCAUCUCAUCGUCAUCGUCGACUUUAGCAGUAAGCAGAAUUGGAGAUCAGAAAAUGUUUGCUCAGAGACGGAUAUCGCUACUAGCAGUCCGUAGCGGACGGACAGGGUUACUGCCUGCGUUUACAUUCACACGACGCUCUCCCCCCUCUCCACCAUGCUCAACCCUCCCCCUCCUCCCGCUCAUCUGAAACGCGAGCGUUUCAGCUACCUGCGCUGGAACUGGGUCUGGGGCUACGUAAUCCUUCUCGCGCUCGUCGGUUCCGCAAACAUAAACAUCAUGCGGCAGAAGCACGUCUACACCGAGCUCGAGCGGACGUACGGCAAGAAAAUCAGCGCGUUGGAACGCGUGAUUGAGAAGUUGAAGGCGGGCAAGGAGGUUGAUAUCGCCGAGGAAUUGGGCACGGGAAUCCCCCAGCACGAGCACGAGUGGACUGAUUUGCUUGCGUCGUUGGAGGAGCAGGAGAGUGAGAUCCGCACGCUCGAGGCCGCGCAGAGAGAUGAUGAGAAACGGCCCGUGAAAGGGAAUAAGCCGAGAGGCCCGGCGAGAAGUAGAAGAGAGCUCACCAGGAGAGAAGCAGAGAAGCAAGCGGAAGAAUGGGCGAGAAUCGAGGAUGAGGAAGUGUCUAAGAAAAUGCCCAAGGACGUCUUUUUGUGAUUUCUUCUUUUGAGAUUACGCGUUUGUAUAUAGUGAAACUCUUCGUAUAAUGUCAAAUAAAAUAUACAUCU